CCGCCCCGCGGUCAGCGCCUACCUGCGACUCGCAAUCUGUGGCCUCAACUGCUUCACGCUGCAGGCGCUUCUUGCGGGUUUCGGACGCGGGCGCGGCCAGCCAUUUUACACAUGCCAGAGAGAAGUGUGCUGGGCACAGGACACAGGCUGGAGACCCGGCUUCGUGAUAUUAUGUACAUUCUUUCUAGAGGAGUUUAGGAGGAAAUGAGAAGUAGUACGUAGGGUGCCUCGCACAGCGUCAGGCACUUAGUAGGUCCUCAGGACAUGUCAGCCAGUGCCAAACGUCUGCAAACUGUGUAAAGUGGGCCCGGCCGCCAGGCGGGGCGGGACCCCACGCCCCCUCCCUCAGCGUCGCGGGACGUCCCCUGCCGGCUGCCCUUUCUCUGGUGCGCAUGGAGCAUGCGCACACAGCCCGGCCGUUUCGCCUCCAGUCCUGUUUGGCCCCGGCUGCGCGCCGUAGAGGGCUCCGUGCAUUGCCAUAGAAACCCAUGAGUGCUGAGGGGCAAGCGGCGGAGACUCCGGGAUCCUGAGGACCAGGGCGCAAUGUCUUUCCGGGACCUCCGCAACUUUACAGAGAUGAUGAGAGCCUUGGGAUACCCUCGACAUAUUUCUAUGGAAAAUUUCCGCACGCCAAAUUUUGGACUUGUAUCUGAAGUGCUUCUCUGGCUUGUGAAAAGGUAUGAACCUCAGACUGACAUCCCUUCUGAUGUUGAGACUGAACAAGACCGAGUUUUCUUCAUUAAGGCAAUUGCCCAGUUCAUGGCCACUAAGGCACAUAUAAAACUCAAUACUAAGAAGCUUUAUCAAGCAGACGGGUAUGCAGUGAAAGAACUAUUGAAGAUCACCUCUGUCCUUUAUAAUGCUAUGAAGACCAAAGGUAUGGAAGACUCUAAAAUAGGAGAGGAAGAUAUCAGCAAAUUCAAGUUUGACCUUGGCUCAAAGAUUGCAGAUUUGAAAGCAGCCAGGCAGCUUGCUUCUGAAAUCACUUCCAAGGGAGCAUCUCUGUACGACUUGCUGGGCAAGGAGGUGGAGUUGAGGGAACUGAGAACAGAAGCAAUUGCCAGACCUCUGGAAAUAAAUGAGACUGAAAAAGUGAUGAGAAUUGCAAUAAAAGAUAUUUUGGUGCAGGUUCAGAAGACGAAAGACCUGCUCAAUAAUGUGGCCUCUGAUGAAGCUAACCUAGAAGCCAAAAUUGACAAGAGGAAAUUAGAGCUGGAAAGAAAUCGGAAGCGACUCCAGACUCUGCAGAGUGUCAGGCCAGCCUUUAUGGAUGAAUAUGAGAAGACUGAGGACGAAUUGCAAAAGCAGUAUGACAUUUAUCUAGAGAAAUUUCGAAAUCUGGCUUAUCUGGAACAGCAACUCGAGGAUCAUCACAGGAUGGAGCAAGAGAGGUUUGAGGAAGCUGAAAACACUCUCCGUCUGAUGCAGAACAAGCUAAAGGAGGAAGAAAAGCGACUGCUCAAGAGCAGAAGUUGGCCAGGAGUGCCUGAAGCAGCCCUAAAUGAUAAGCCUGCAUGGAGUUUAUCCUCUUCCGAGAGGCCCAGCACAGGUAAUGAUGACUCCGACAUUGACAUCCAGGAGGACGAUGAAUCCGACAGUGAACUAGAAGAGAGACGGCUGUCCAAGCCACGGACAGCCAUGGAGGCGCUCUUGCAAGGACGACCCAGCAAACGCGUUGUGGGCACAAUGCAAGGUGGAGACUCGGACGACGAUAUGGAAGCAGCACCAGCUCUCUUAGGUAAAUGCAAGACUUCCAGCUCCAAGAAACAGGAAGACUCAGAGGACAGUGAGAUUGACAUGGAGGAUGAUGAAGACGAUGACGAUUUGGAGGACGAGAGCAUUGCUCUCUCACCAGCUAAGCCCAGUCAAAGAGUCCGGAAACCUGAGCCCCUGGAUGAGAGUGACAAUGACUUCUGACCUUCUUGCCAAGGGACCCAGGCAGACUAAAACCCUCAGAUUUGUAGGUAAAGGGGAAAUUAAAGGGUCAGAAGGAAAUAGGCAUUUUGUUGGAUAAGCCAGCAGGACUCAUUGUUAAUGAAGUAAAACCUGUUUCCGCUUUAGCCUCCUGUGUGUUACUCUACACACUCCAAAGCUUAAACAAGAACCGGAGCAAACCCCAAAGAUGAUUUUUUUUUCCCUUAUCUAUCUCCUAAAACUUGGGAAAUGCACGUGUUCUUAGUGAUUCACAUCCACAGGACAAAACCUUGAGAAAUAACAGCCAACGCUGUGUAAGUCUUGCCCGUUAUUUUUGUCAUACUUUUCCUCUAAAAGUCAGCCGGACCUUCAAGUCCAGACCUGGGGCUAGAACUGGGCACAGGACUCAUUUCAGGAGUUGUGUGGGAGUGUCUGACUAUUCAUCGCAUACAGUUCAGAAUGUUUAUUUUAGAUCAGCUUUUGAUUCUAGCCUUUAUUUUCUUUCUUCUGCAUGCUCACGAUACCAAGCUUUAAAUGUAUUUUACUAAAAUUGUCUGAAGGAAAGUCAGCUGACUCAGACGAAAACUAGCUUUCCUUGAAAAUCAGGCAACAGAUCGAUGCUCCAGAUCAUACACACUCCAUUUUCUCUCAGAAGGCUGACAUUCCUCCUUAGGAAGGAGCAAAUUAAGGACAAAGUUUUGGUACGGAUUCAUGUUUCUGACCUAAAAAAAUAAACCAGAAUUGAAUUUGAUAGAAUAGCACUAGAAUUUCCCUUCUGUGAAAGGAGAAGUGACAGAUAGGUGGAGUUUGGUUUUGUCUUGUUAAUAUGGAAAGCACAGAGGAGUUUUCAUUGAUUUCACUUAUAAAGUCAGACGACUUGUGAAGUUCUCGCUUAAUAAAUUUAUUUAAUACCAUAUUUUUAUAUUAUUGUUUUAUUUGAAAGUAUAAUUAUUUAUUUGUACCAUAACAUAUAGAUACUUAUUUAAGAAGAGUUCAUGGGUUAUUAUAUUACAUGUGAAUUUCAGGAGACUAUGUGACAGUUAUUUCUAUGUUUGCUUUUUUCUCUGUCUUUCCCUCAAUUUUACAUAAGAGAUUACCUGCUUUUUAUAAAAAAACAUUCAGCAUUCAGUUAAUUCACCAGUAAUUUGAGAUGUGCCAUCUUUGAAACGAUAAGCUAACGGGGAAGAGGUGUAUCGGGUGCCACAUUACCUCCUCAGAUGCCGUGGCUUUUAAGGCACAAGAGAGUCAUUGCAUCUCCUUGGAUGACAUAGCUUUGGUUUACCUGAGUCUGACCUGACUUUUAUUUUAAAAAACAAAAAUUGUAUUUGUUUCCCUUAUGUGAUGCUUUCUUCUAAUGGGCAUUAACAUGGGAGCCCAACCCAAACCACAGAUAACACGUCCACAGGUGGAGGCAAGAGCUGCAGCGGCUAGUCAUUGUCUCACCUGCUUCUUGUCAUCCCUCAUCCCUUGAUUAACUGACUUUGUGCAGAGUCUUGCGUGGUCUGAUGUUUCCUUACUUGAGCA